GUGUGUGUGUGAGUGAUUUUAACACAGUAUUUGUUUGUGUUGAAACUGUUAGGUUCCUUCAGUUCAUCUGCAGUUGUCCGUGAAUAUGGCGCUUGUUUGGAGAAAUAUACUCAUACUUGUGUUUGCGCACUUCGUUGUGUCUCAUUUGUCUACUCGAUGUGGCGAACCAACAAAGUAUCCCGGCAAGCAGCUGCACAAAAGUUAUCGCCAUAAAUUAAAGUUCUAUGAUGGAGAAAGAGUGAUGUAUACAUGUCCCCCGGGUUACACACCAUCAGAAGGAAGUCUAACAUCACGGUGUCUGCGAGGACACUGGACAGCCUUGAACCUGAAAUGCCAAAAGAAAAAGUGCAAUGCGCUAGGUGACGUAGAGAAUGGGCAGUACAUUCGAGAAGGACAGUCAUUUGGCGAUAAAGCCAUUGCUACGUGUAAUAAAGGAUAUGUUUUGAGAGGAGCAAGAGUUCGUAUGUGUAUGCAAAACGGCUGGAGUGGGACGGACCCCAUCUGUGAGGUGUCGAAGAUCAUGUGUUUAGCACCUGCUGUGGCAAACAGAUGGAUAAAACCUGGAGAAAGGACACAGUACACACCCCAAGACACUGCAACCAUUGUCUGCAGUGAGGGAUUUGUACUGACUGGCUCGCCACAGGUCACAUGUGGACCAGACGGCCAAUGGCAGGGCUUGCCUGCGUGCCGCUCGAAAGGUCAGUUUGCAAAGGUUUUGCUCUCAAGACUUGCUAUUCCCAAGACAUGUCCCACUCCUGAUUUGGGAAAAAACGGUACAGUGAAAGAGCAGAAGUCUGAUUACAUGCCGGGACAGUUCAUAUCUGUCACCUGCAAUGAAGGAUUCGUCGGAUCUGGAGUUUUCACGUGUCACGCACACUCAAAAUGGCACCCAAAGGAGCCACUGUGUCAGUUGAUCACCUGUUCAGCACCUGCUGUGGCAAAUGGAAGGAUAAAACCAGGAUCUAGGGUGUACAAACCCAAAGACACUGUGGAUGUGAUUUGUAAUGAGGGAUUUGAUCUGAUUGGCUCACCAGUGGUCACAUGUGGACCAGACGGCCAAUGGCAGGCCUUGCUUGAGUGUCGCCCUAAAAGGAUUUCAGCUACUGGUAAAUGUGGUCCAGCUCCGUCAAUCCCUCAUGCUUUCCCCAGAGACGGAUCCUUCACACUGAAAGAGUAUCCAUCCGGUGCUCGCAUUCGCUACAAAUGCAGUACAGGAUACGUGCGGGCCAGAGGAAGCACCAGUAUACACUGCCUGAAUGGCCAGUGGACAAACCUGCAGCUCCGAUGUGAAAGGGCAUAUAACUGCACCCCGCUUCAUGUUUGUCACCAAUCAACUUGUAUAGGCGUGUUUGGCUUGAAGCGGUGCUGCGCAGACCAAUCAGUGUUUGACAUAUAUGAGCUGACCGGCCCAAAAGUGCGGAUCUGCCGGGAUGGAGGCUGGGAUGGAAGGAGCCCUGUGUGUGAACCUGUGCACUGUCCUCCACCUCCAGAGGUCAAGGAUGCUGAGAUGUUUGACCCCAUAUAUGACCAUGCUCCCUUCGGUCAUGUGGUGUCCUAUCACUGCCGUACUGGAGCUCUGAUUGGUGCAAGAGAGAUUUACUGCACCAAGAACGGCGCCUGGAGCGCUCCUCCUCCUGAGUGCAAAGACAUUGUCUGUCCUAACCCACAAGUGCCACGUGGAUCAAGAAUGAGGGGUUUUAGGGCGGUCUAUAAAUAUGGGAACACAGUGACAAUCGCCUGCAAUCCUGGUUUGAGGCUUUUAAAAGAGAGUUUUGUCACCUGUGGCGCAGACGGGGAAUGGAAACCAAAACUUCCAGAAUGUGUGUAGAAAUCUGCACAUGAAGCAAUGAAACAAAUAAAUAUUCAACUGAAAGUCACAAUAUAGCUAGCUGUCUCAAAGUCAUAAUGAAGCUUAUUUCUUUUCACUGUAUUUCAUUAAAAUGAGCAGAACACUAUUUAGUCUCUACUCAGACUAUUUA